CAGCCUUGCCCGACCCCACCCAGGGGACCCGCCGCCCGGGGCACCAGCCUCUUCUGGGAAGGCUGGGGGGGGGGGGUCCUCAGGGCCACGGGGACACGAGUGUUCUCAUGUGCAUCCAGGUCAUCUGGGCGAGUGCACGCGGCUCUGAGCACACUCACAUGUGUACACACUCAGGCUCGCACACUCACAAGUAUACAAGGCAUGCACACACAUAUACAAACACACACACUCAUACACACUUAAAUACACACCGUGCAUGCUCACAUACUCAGUGCAGACUCACACACAUAUACUCACGUGCACACUCCACGCAUUUGCAUACAUAUGCACACACAUACACACGUGCACACACUCCACACACACACACUCACACAUGUGUACAUGUUUCACAUGUACAUGUACGCACGCACACGUACAUAUACCCGCACAUGUGCACACACUCCAUGUACAUGUGUACACACUCACAAACAUUCACACACAUGCACAGCUCCGUGCACAUGCACACACACAUACUCAUGCAUGGGCACACACACAUAUACUCACACACAUGCACACUAUGCACACUGUAUGCACACGCAUUUACACUCACACACGUGCACACACUCACUUGGCCUUCUCUGGGAGAGAGGGGCGAGCAGAAUCCUGGUCUACUCUUGUUCUUUCCGGAGCAAACAGUGUACAGGACCCCAGGCUAGGUCUGUUCCUCGGAUUCUGCUGUCCGGGAGCCGAUUGUGUCCGGGGUUCUGGAAACACUUGUCCAGGAGCAGAGCCCUGGGUCCAGAAGAAACCCUUCCUGGAGCUCUAAUGGAUGAAAGCCAAGAGUGGGGUGUGCUGGCAGAAGGAGACAACGAGUUCAUGUUCAUGGAUCUGGAGCAGAAGAUCAGCAAGUACUUCCCCAAGGACUGGAAGCAGCAAGUGCACAAAGGUGGGAGGCCCCGAGCGCCCUUCGUGAGCUUCCUCAGGGUGCAGUACUACGUGGAGGACGGCAGGGUCAUAAGGGCCAGAUCUGGCCUCUUACCAAGGCCACCCACGCCUUCCAGCGACAAGACGGCCAGGCACCUGUACUACUGCCACCUGAAGGAGCGUGUGCUGAGGUCCGAGUGCACCUACCGCGAGGAGGCCUACUUCCUGCUGGCCGCCUACGGGCUGCAGGCCGACCUGGGCAACCACCGGGAGCUGGUCCACGUGGGGAGGUACUUCGAACCGGAAGCCUACUUUCCGCAGUGGAUCAUUGCCAAGAGGGGCAGCGCCUACAUCCUCAGGCACGCGCCCGCCGUGCACCGUGAGCAGCGGGGCCUCGACCCCAAGGAGGCAGUGCUGCGCUUCAUCAGGGAGGCCUGCCGGCUCGAGGACGUGCCCGUCCACUUCUUCAGGCUGUACAAGGUCGACAGGGAUAAGAAGGAGGACAGGCCUACCAUCGUCCUGGGACUGACCCUCAAGGGAAUGCAAGUCUAUCAGGAGGCGGACCACGCUCCCAAGCUGCUCUAUGACUUCCCCUGGUCCCACAUCGGGAAGCUGGUGUUUCUGGGGAAAAGGCUGGAGAUCCAGCCGGACGGGCCGCCGUCGGCGCGGAAGCUGGUGUAUUACACGGGCUGCGCCUCGCGCUCCGGCCACCUGCUGCGGCUGUUCAGCGCCACCCACCUGCUGCGGCUCACGCUGCGACCCACCCUGCGGAGGCUGCAGCAGCUGGAGGAGGCGGAAGAGAAGCAGCACUAUCGGGAGUCCUACGUCAGCGACACGCUGGACCUGGACCGAGACCCGGGUGACAAGGGCUCCCCGGGCUCCCCCCGCAGCGGGCGUGGUGGCCGGCAGCUCCCGGAGCACCCGUCCCUCGGCUCGGCUGACAGCAGCAGUAGCCCCCGCUUGCGAGGCAUCGAGGCAGACGCUGGGCCCGCGGAGCCCUGGGGGGUGUCGGUGGACAAGCCCUGGGGCACCGAGGCCGUGUGUGGGGAGGCGCCACCCUGCAGCCCCAGCACCAGCCAGAGGAGCCAUGGCACAGACGGUGGCCGCGGAGGCGGGCGCGAGGGGGAGGCCCAGGACCGGGGAGACGCCUCUUGCAAGGAGCCCUUGGCGGCCGUGCAGGUCGGGCUGAUCAGGACGUGGGGCCGCAGCGAGGAGGCCCUACACCAGAUCCCGGAGGCAGAUCCGCACUGCCACGGCCUGGACCAUGCACCACCGGGACCCUGCAGAGUGAGGUCCUCGAAAUGCCUCUCCCUGGUCCUGUGCAGGGAGGACCAGCUCCCAGAAGAGUUUGUGGUGUAGACACCCAGAGGUGUGGCUCUGCACGUGGGGCUCAUCCACACGGUACGGCUCGUCCACGGGGGGCUCAUCCACACGGCACGGCUUGUCUGCCCGGGGCUCUGUCUACACAGCACGGCCCGUCCACGGGGGGUUCAUCCACACGGCACGGCUCGUCCACGGGGGGCUCAUCCACACAGCACGGCUUGUCCGCCCAGGGCUCCGUGUACACAGCACGGCCCGUCCACGUGGGCUCUGUCUACACAGCACGGAUGCAUCCACGUGGCAGGGCUUGGUCCACAGUCCCUGGCCCCCGCCCUUUUGUGUGCUGGAGGCCCCGCCACCGCCCCGUUGACCGAUACCCUCCUCCUAUGGGUUCACCCGCCAGCUGUAUGGAGAAGCCUGGAGGGAGUAGGAGGACCCACUUCUCGUGCCCUCCACGAUGAGUCCAGACUCCUUCUGUCUUAGUGUCAGGAGGCAGAAGUCAAGGCGUGGCCACCCCGUCUGCAGGUGGCUCGGGGGAGGCCCCCACCCGUCCACUCUGGAAGGAAGAUGUUGGCUGUUCCCGCGUGUGGGAGAGACCCUUCCGGUUCCCUCUGCACGGACCCCCCCACCCAGUGGACGGCCGGACCAGGUGCACAGCCUUCUGGGAGCCUUUGACCCAAGGUCACGGUCACCUGUCACGGCACCGGCCCCAGCUUCCUCUAGACCGCUCUGCCGCCCCUGCUGCUCACGAUCCCGGAGGCCUCUCUGUGAGGUGUGGGCCCAGCUGUCACCCCACGACAGACCUGGCCGGUGGGUGACCCCUGCCCACCCCUCACACGACGCGUUCACCGCAGGGCUCCAAGUCUGGAGUCGCAGCGGCACGUGGACGCCUGGUCCCUGUGGGGCCUACGGAGCCCGAGAGGCGGCUGGGCCAUCCCGAGAAGCCAGGAUGCAGAUUCUGAAUGUUCCUGGCCCUGCCCCCCCAAGACCGAGCUGAGCGUCCCGUCCCUUUCCAGCAGAGGUCACGCAGGUCACUGACCUGCCAUCCCCAGGGGCGGCCGGGGCUCCCACAGCACGGGUCACCUGUUAGGGCUCAGAAGGCGGCGGGUGAGAUAGGGCAGGGUGGAGACUUGACCCAGCCGCCCCCUCGGCCCGGACCCAAGCUCCACGUCUGGGGCUGGAGAGACUUCCGGGCUUCGAGUGGCCUUCCCGAUGGGGCGGAGGUUUACAGGUCAUGCCGUGGCGGGUCCUGGAAAAGUGUGCUUCUGAGGGACAGCACCCUGCCCUCGGGGCUGUGCCAUCGGUGCGUUGAGAGGCCGUGAGCAGGCAGCACGUGACGGCAGGUGCAUGGCCCCGGCCCCAGCCUCAGCGGCCAGCUUGUGGUUGGAGCACCGGGGCAGGAGCAUCGCGCCAGCCUCCACAGGCUGGGAGGACAGACCGGGGUCCUCCCAGGCGGGAGGUUCAAAGGCGGGGUGGCCUCCCGGGGCCGGGGCGCGCUCCCCUCCCCAGGUCCAGGCCCGGCUGCCAGGUGGCCUUCCCACGGCCAGCCGCCACCUGGAUGGAGCGGAGUCGUUGGCGGAGGGGGUGCGCGUCAGCAGGCUGGCGGCCUGUGUCCCCGGAGGAAGGCCGGGCUGGCGCUGCGUCCCGGCCGCCUCCCGACCCCAGGUGGGCCCCUGCCUCCCAUCCAGAGACCUGAGCGGGCGCUGGGAGCAGGUGCAGUGCGAGAGGGGUGGUAACAGGCCCUGAGCCUGACGGGUGUUAGGGUGCGGCUCGUUUUACCCGGGCCCCUCCCGCCUCUGCCCUGCACAGGAUCUGACACCUGCUGUCCCCUUGAUCAGAUGGACUGGCCUGUGUCCGUCUGGUAGUCCCGAGCACUCAGCGGGUGACUGGAAGCCCGCUGCCACAGGGCCCUGUGCCUGUGACAUCACCCAUCUCCCGUGCUCGUGCCCUGAAGGGCACGCCGGCGCGGCCAGCUCAGGCUCAUUUUGGAGACAGAGGGCAGAACUUGAGCCCGUGUGUGUGGGUGCACACGUGUGUGGGGGCACAUGCACAGGUGGGUCCACAUGUACACACAUGUAUGUGCGAGUGUGUCCGUGCACGCACACAUAUGUGCAUGGGUCCACACCUAUGUGUACACGCGUGCAUGCACGCACGGGAACGUGUGCACGUGUGUGGGUCCGUGUGCACAUGUAUGUGCACGUGUGUGGGUCCGUGUGUGCACACACGCAUGCACACGGCAAGUCUGAUGCCUCCCGGGCCGGGCUUCCUGACCCUUUCUGUGAAAGGAAAUCUGGGUGUGUGCACACCGGCACGUGUAAUAAAGGACCUAAAUACA